UGUGACGUGUCCCAAUUUUUCAGGUAUAAAAACGAUGUUCUCCAAAUAAAAAGCACAGAUAUUACCGUUUCUCUCCCAAAAAACUUCCCUCUUUAAAUUCACCCUUUCUCUCUCCUCACUCUAGAGCUUCAGCUUCCAUGGCGUCUAACGACAUCAGGUUCUAAUAACUCCAUCUCCAACCCAGGAGUGCCAUUGUGUGUUGAGAGUUGUGUAAACCUUAGGGAAUGAAUCGGUGAAUUCAAUUGUGCACCCCGGUUGCACCGAAUCUGUUUUCACGGCACAACAAGUUUCGCCUCCUCUGCAGUCAGCUCUGAAUGUAACUCCUCUGAACAGCAUGCCCUACAUUGAUCCAAUUGCAGCACAUGGUAAUGAAAUUGCAUUAGAGCCUGUGGAUAUUGCUAAGCCAGCGUUAGUAUAUUUGCCCUCUCAACCUACCACGGAGGAGUGGGGUCCAAUCUUAUCUGUUACAAAGGGCGGAAUUGGUUUGAGCGGAAGUGCAGCAUUUGGAAUGAUUGGGCCAGUUCUAGGGAAGAUGGAUAUUUGCGAAAGUGAUAACUCGUACCUCUUUCGAGUGUCUCUUCCAGGUGUUGCAAGAGAAGACUUCACAUGUGAUGUGGCUCCGACUGGACAUAUAUUGAUCAAGGGUGUUACUACAACCGGGGAAAAGACUGUGUACAAGGAUUCCUUGAAAUUUGAGAUGCAAUCUCGGAACUUAUGUCCACCAGGUCACUUUACCAUUUCAUUUGAGCUGCCAGGACCUGUUGAUUCGCAAGAUCUAUCCGGACAUUUUGGAAUUGAUGGUGUUUUCGAGGGCAUUGUGAAAAAAAAGAUGCCAUCAACUUGAAAUGUUUGAAAAGUUGUAUGUACAUUAGUUAGUUAGUUAGUCGUCCAACCAUGUCUAAGACUUUUAAGACAGGCAUGGUUGCCUGUUGAUUUAUUUGAGUUCUGUUAACAGGAAAGAUACUCAAGUCUUCUGGAGUCUGGUUCUUCAACGGCAGACCAGAAGCCUACAUCGGAGUAUUCUAAGAGCAAUGAAUGGGCCUUUCCAGAUAGAUAGCAUGAGGAAGAAGGGAGGUUAAUUUUAUGAAACUGCCAUACGUUCAAUUGAAAUAAGCAUGCAAGUUGUUUCAUCAUUGCAAUUUGCAAGCAACAUUUUUCUGGAUGUUUGCUGCUACCAGCACGCAAGAGUUGCAAUUCAUUAUGAAUUUCAAUCUUGCAUGCAGUUUUCUAGCUGAACUUCAUUUUGUUGUAGCUUUUGUACUUUAUUUUUUGACAAAAUAGCUUUUGUACUUCAUUAGUAACAGUUCAGGCGAAAACUUAGACUUAUCGAAGAAUGUUUCAUCACUUUCAGAGUUAUUUAGAGUUUUCACUUUCGCAUUUACUUUUA